AUGAGCCUAAACAUUUCGGAAACUAAGCCAGUUGAGCAGCUAUUCCUGGAUCUUCCUAUCCAGCAAGUUCUCAACCCCAGCCCGGGCACAAAGUUCAUAGAGCCGUGGACGAGCCUGUACGUCGAUGCCAUACGUGAUGCCCGAUUUGGCGACGCUGUAUGGGCACGCUACCAUAUCUAUGGCGAUGUGGAAAACGGGAUCGUCGGCGGGUCAAAUAACAUGACUGUGCUAGAUGUUAUCAAGGAAGAUGCCCUGUUAUACAGGGUGAACGAACCGGAGGAAUACUUUAAGGCUUUAUUUUUUUAUGCAAAAACUAGCGGUGCAGACGGGCAUGCCGAUGUGAUCGAGGUCAUUACCAACCUGGACGAGCGGGAAAUCGCCGAGUUCAAGGCGAAAGAAGAGGCGGAGCUUGAGGAUGAAGCCUGA